AUGUGUUUAGUUCACAAUGAGAACCAUGAUCAUCUCUUUCUCAAUUGUAAAUUUGCAAAAUCAAUUUGGCAAAGUGUUUUUAAUUUGUUUGGAAGAAGGAUGAUUGAGGCAGGAUCACUGAAAAGCUUUAUUGAGCAGGUUUUACUUUUCACUUUCAGCUCGCAGGUGGCUGUGCUGUGGUGUUCGGCGGUGGUGCAAACAAUUUGGGUCAUUUGGAAGCUAAGAAACGCAGCAAUUUUUGAGGAUUCAAUCCCAAAUAUUCAUCUCGCUCUUAGAAAGAUAUGGUCAUCUAUCAAAGAAUCUGACUUCUUUAGAAUAGGUUGUAUGAGCAAUUCAAUGGUAGACUUGAAUAUAUUAAGACUUCUGCAGAUCACAUGUAAACCUACAACUGCUCCUAAAAUUAUUCCGGUUACUUGGCAUACCCCUCUGAGUAAUUGGACCAAAGUCAAUACGGAUGGAUCUGCCUUGGGAGCGCCGGGAGCAGCAGGUGGAGGGGGAAUUUUUAGAAAUUCGGCUGGUUUUACAAAAGGCUCAUUUGCUUUUCCGUUGGGAAAUGAAUUUGCUUUCGCAGCUGAAAUAGCGGCUGCCAUUAUGGCAGUAGAUAUAGCUUGGAAGAGAGGAUGGCAUUCUUUAUGGUUGGAGUGUGACUCUACUUUUAUGGUUCAACUUUUUACUUCAAAAUCGAAGAACGUUCCUUGGGAGUAUUUACAUGAUUGGUUAUCUUGUCUUCAUCAGAUUUCCAAGAUGAAUUUUCAGGUCUCUCAUAUUUAUAGAGAAGGAAACCGAGUUGCCGACUUACUUGCAAAACACGGAGCUACAGCGGCAUCUUAUAUUUGGCGGUCUUCUGUGCCAAAUUUUUGUAAUUCUGUAAUUUAUCAGGAUUUUAGUAGGCAGACAUCUUAUAGAUUCUGCUAG